UCAUUCGAAUAAAGGGCGUCAGAAGAAGUGUUUGGACUCAGAUCACAUUUUGAAAUAGUAUCAGAAGGAUCGUGAAAAUAAAACUGAAAAUAUCUCUACAGCUUCACGAACACUUCGAGAAAACUAAAGAGAGGACCAUCUUUACAUUUUAUCGUCUUUCACUUCUACGGAUUACAUUAUUACAAAUUUCUCUGUCGCAAACUUCCGCGCUUAUAAUAUAAGGUUUGCUGGAAAAAAAAAAAGGCACAGAGAUGGAACCGACGUUUUACCACGACGAGUGUCAUCCAAGCAAUGAGUCGCUUAAAAGACUUAAAAAGUCUAUGACUCUGGACUUUACUCCAGGCGGUAGCAGUGCAAAAUCCGCAAAACUUAACAACCCUCUUCAGUCACCCGAUCUAAACCUUUUAAAACUAGCAUCUCCAGAGUUAGAACGGAUGAUAAUUCAGGCUAAUGGAAUGGUCACUACAACUCCAACACCAACACAAAUUCUCUGUCCAAAAUUCGUAACAGAAGAACAAGAAGCUUACGCUCGGGGAUUUGUAGAUGCCUUAGCCAAAUUACACAAAAGCUAUGGAGAAGAUUCUUUGAAUAAUUUACCAAAUUUUCCUUACACACAAACGUCCAGCGAAAGUAUUAAUAUUCAAGGGCAUUUAAUGAACAGUAAUAUAUCCACUACCGAUUCUACCCUCCUGAAUGCCCGCGGGUCAACAAAUACCCCAUCAAAUCUCGUGUCCGCCCAUCAGUCCAUUUCUACAGCCCUACCACCAUCCAAUCAUUCUACAGUGAACACAAACGAAGAAUCUGGUAUAGUGAAACUUAAAGAAGAACCCCAAACAGUACCAUGUUUAGGAAGUACACCUCCGCUCUCUCCUAUUAAUAUGGAAUCACAGGAGCGAAUUAAAUUAGAACGAAAGCGUGCCAGGAACCGAAUCGCUGCCCGAAAGUGUCGGACGCGAAAGCUGGAGCGCAUCGCGAGACUGGAAGAUCGAGUUAAAGAUCUCAAGGACCAGAAUUCAGAACUGUCCCAAAUGACUACAACACUCAGGGAUGACAUUUGCAAACUUAAACAACAAAUUAUCGAACACGUAAAUAAUGGUUGUCGGAUACUUCAUACACAUCCCCAUUUAAUAAUCUAAAUGUAAGAAACUUUACUGAAGAGAAAAAAAUGGAAAAAAAAAACGAUGCUUACCUCCUGAUUGGGAAACUAGUUAUAAAAUGCGCUUUUUUCUAAGAAGUAUCCUAAACACAAACAUCAGGAUUCGUUUUAAUCUUCCUUUCUUUUUUAUGCAAAAUAUUUGGAGAAAAAAAAGUAUUAGACUCAAACUUGGAUAAAACGAUCCCUAAAUGUAUUUGUUGAUACUGAGUGUUGAUGGGAAAACUGAAGGGGGAAGUAGGUAUUUUUGCCUUAACUUUAAAUUUGUCUCAAGAUCUUCCCUUAUUUCUAAAAAUUACUGCAAAAAAAAGAAGAAAAAAAACAUCCACAAAGAAAGUCAACAAAAGAAACAAAAUUUACAUUUUGCAUUUAAGUUUAGGACUUUUUAACUAAAGCAAAUUAUUAACCACCAGCUUUUUAUUUUGUAUCCUGAUUCGAGAAUGGUGAGGUUUGCAGAAGAACCAUGGAGCAGAGUGUUCCUUACAUCCAGUAAGUGCUCUUAUGAAUUGAUGGUGCAAAACGUUAUGAAACAAAACAGAUCUUCUGAUGUGAUAUUUUGCAGGUUGAAAACUUAUACACUCCUGAUCUUGACUGUGUAACACUGUUCCUAAACAUUUAUAGCUGUUGAUCAGCUAUAAAUGUUGAAACAGUUCUAAAAAAGCCCAAAACGUUUUGUAUACGAAUCGCAUUCAUGAACUUGCUCUGUCUAACGACAAAUUUUGUAAAUUUUGAUAAACUCUGUACAUAUUAACUCAAAUGACAGGUGCUGCAACUAUUAUGAUGCAAGACUACUGUACAUAAUUGGAGGUUUUAAUCCAUCUAAUUUUUCUAUUGGAAAAAUUAUAUAUUUAUUACUUGUACAGACAUUAAAUUUUUCAUUUAAAUCGUA